AUGGGGGUCCCCAAUAUUUUCUCUCUGCCUGAGAAUCUUGACUCCACCGCCGUCGUCUUCAUCGGAAACCCUACAAAACAUGACCAACUUUUUAACCCUUUUUUGGGUUUCAUCAACAACAUUCAUUCUGGUGUUAUUUGGUCAGUUGGCAUCAGCAAUAAUAAGAGUGACCAAAAUAGGAGAGAGAGUGAAAAAAAGUACGUGAGAGCUGCGCCACCGACAGAUCUUAACAAGAACACGGAGUGGUUCAUGUAUCCAGGAGUUUGGACCGCUUACAUUUUGAUCGUCUUCUUUUCAUGGCUCAUGGUUUUAUCUCUAUUUGGUAUCUCUCCUGGAACCGCUUGGACCGUUGUUCAUCUCACACAUUUCUUUGUUACAUAUCACUUCUUUCACUGGAAAAAGGGAACUCCGUUCGCCGAUGACCAAGGUAUCUACAAUGGUUUGACUUGGUGGGAGCAAAUGGACAAUGGCAAGCAACUCACUCCAAAUAGGAAGUUUUUGACUGCUGUACCUGUCUUGCUGUAUCUUAUCGCCUCACACACAACACAUUAUCAAAACCCGAUGAUGUUCUUCAACACCAUCGUUGUUUCUGUGCUGGUGAUUGCAAAGUUCCCAAACAUGCACAAGGUCCGAAUAUUCGGAAUCAAUGCCGAUCAUUGAACUGCAAAGGUGUUUCAUUAUUCUGUCAUUCCAAAGUAGAAUUGUUAUAUCACUACAGAUAAUGAAGACAGGGA